AUUGGAACUGGGAGAAACAGAAAGAACAACCAAAAGAAUACCAGCGGAUCCUACAGUGCUUCUUAGAUAGAAAAGACUGUUGCUAUUCUAUUCAUCAAAUGGCACAAAUGGGUGUAGGAGAAGGGAAGUCAAUUGGCGAAUGGUUUGGACCAAAUACAGUUGCACAGGUGUUAAAAAAACUUGCUUUAUUUGAUGAAUGGAAUUCCUUGGCUGUUUAUGUUUCUAUGGAUAACACAGUGGUCAUUGAAGAUAUCAAAAAAAUGUGCUGUGUCCUUCCCUUGGGUGCUGACACAGCUGAUGAGAACCCCCUUGAUUCUCUGACUGCUUGUAACCAGAGUCAAGGCACCUCUGCCUUCUGUCCAGCCUGGAAACCCCUGCUGCUCAUUGUGCCCCUUCGCCUGGGCAUAAACCAAAUCAAUCCUGUGUAUGUUGAUGCAUUCAAAGAGUGUUUUAAGAUGCCACAGUCUUUAGGGGCAUUAGGAGGAAAACCAAAUAACGCCUAUUAUUUCAUAGGAUUCUUAGGUGAUGAGCUCAUCUUCUUGGACCCUCACACAACCCAGACCUUCGUUGACACUGAAGAGAAUGGAACGGUUGAUGACCAGACUUUCCAUUGUCUGCAGUCCCCACAGCGAAUGAACAUCCUGAACUUGGAUCCUUCUGUGGCUUUGGGAUUUUUCUGCAAAGAAGAAAAAGACUUUGAUAACUGGUGUAGCCUUGUUCAGAAGGAAAUCCUAAAGGAGAAUUUAAGGAUGUUUGAAUUAGUUCAGAAACAUCCAUCACACUGGCCUCCCUUUGUACCUCCAGCUAAGCCAGAAGUGACAACCACGGGGGCAGAAUUCAUUGAGUCUACUGAACAACUGGAGGACUUUGACCUGGAAGAAGAUUUUGAGAUUCUGAGUGUGUAGAAUAGUGGGAACUCAGUUUGGAGGUCUGUCUUCCAUCUGGCACCACAAGAACAUGAACUUGUUACAUAAAACUUUUCUAGUCAGCAAGUGCCUGAUAUGCCAACAGCAUACAAAUUCAAUAGCAAUCAUGACUGAGCCAAUUAUCAUUUCUCAGAAAAAAAUGACACCAACCCUUCCCCGGGAAGAAAUAGAACAAUCAUGGAGUCUAGGAGCAAAAAGUUUAGGAGUUCGUUGCUUCCCAGCUUGCCUUACAUGGCUACAGCAAGUCUUCAGCUGCUGAGAUAAGGACAUUUGGAAGACAGACAGCAGCUCCCAUCUCGCUUCAAGCACCAGCAGAUGAGAGAUGGUUACGCUGUUCUUCUUCACACUUUCAGGUGUGACCUCUUUGGAGCUAAAUACUAAGAAGCAACCUGUUCUCUUGCUCAAAUAAUAAACUUACUGAAUCAGGGAGAAAAGUUCUUGUUAAAUUAUUUGAAUAUAUAUUUUAAAUAAUUAUGCUUUAUAUCAAAAUAUUUGUCAAAAAUUAUUUUAAAUAUACACUUCUUGAUUGUGUUCCUAUUUGGAGGAAGCUUACUAUUAUUUGAUGAUAGUCUUCAUCCUUACUAAUACUUUUGUCAGAUGUCAUCAUGUCCUGAAAUCAAAUCAUCAUUUAAAUCAGAGGUCAGAAAACUUUUUCUGUAAAGGGCCAGAUAGUUAAUAUUUUAGACUUUUCAGGUCAUGUGUCCUCUCUCACAACUAUUCAACUCUGUGCAAAGGCAGUCAUAGACAAUUUGCAUGUGACUGAGCAUGGCUGUAAUCCAAUAAAACUUUAUUUACAAAAACAAAUGGAGGGCUGGAAUUGGCCUUGCCAAUCUCUAAGAUUGUUGACUCUUGUUUCAGGAAUUAAAAAUAAAUUGUGUUUGAAUUAUAC